CGGCCGAACCCGCAGCCCUUCCCCCGGCCAUCCCGGCCGGCCCGGCCCCCGGGGAGCGCGGGGCAGCGCCCGGGGGCGGCGGCGGCAUCACCAUGGGCCGGCCGGGCAGGGUGCUGCGGCUGCUGGCGCUGCUGGAGCUGCCCUGCUGCCUGCUGGAGCUGCUGCUCGGGGAGGCGGCCCGCGGGCAGGAGAUGUACGCGCCCCACUCCAUCCGGCUGGAGGGGGACAUCACCCUGGGCGGCCUCUUCCCCGUGCACGCCAAGGGCCCCCCGGGCUCUCCCUGCGGGGACAUCAAGAAGGAGAACGGCAUCCACAGGCUGGAGGCGAUGCUCUACGCCCUGGACCAGAUCAACAGCGACCCGGACCUGCUGCCCAACGUGACGCUGGGCGCCCGCAUCCUGGACACCUGCUCCCGGGACACCUACGCGCUGGAGCAGUCCCUCACCUUCGUCCAGGCGCUCAUCCAGAAGGACACCUCCGACGUGAGGUGCACCAACGGCGAGCCGCCCGUCUUCGUCAAGCCGGAGAAAGUAGUUGGAGUGAUCGGGGCAUCGGGAAGUUCCGUGUCCAUUAUGGUGGCCAACAUCCUCCGGCUGUUCCAGAUCCCACAAAUCAGUUAUGCCUCAACUGCACCAGAGUUGAGCGAUGACAGGCGCUAUGAUUUCUUCUCACGGGUGGUUCCUCCAGAUUCCUUCCAAGCACAAGCAAUGGUGGACAUUGUGAAAGCUUUGGGAUGGAAUUAUGUAUCCACUUUGGCAUCUGAAGGGAAUUAUGGAGAAAAAGGAGUCGAGUCCUUCAUGCAAAUUUCCAGAGAGGCAGGUGGGCUCUGCAUCGCCCAGUCCCUGAAGAUCCCCCAGGACCGCAAGGACAAGAGCAUCGACUUCGACAGGAUCAUCCGGCAGCUGCUGGAGACGCCCAACGCCAGGGCCAUCGUCAUCUUCGCCAACGACGAGGACAUCAGGCAGAUCCUGGCGGCCGCCAAGAGGGCGGAUCAGGUGGGACAUUUCCUGUGGGUGGGCUCGGACACGUGGGGCUCCAAGGUGAGCCCGCUGCUGCAGCAGGAGGACGUGGCCGAGGGAGCCAUCACCAUCCUGCCCAAGAGAGCCACCAUCGAGGGCUUUGACACCUAUUUCACCUCUCGCACCCUGGAGAACAACAGGAGGAACGUGUGGUUUGCAGAGUACUGGGAGGAGAACUUCAACUGCAAGCUGACCAUCACUGGCUCCAAGAAGGAGGACACGGACCGGAAAUGCACAGGGCAGGAGCGCAUCGGGAAGGACUCGCCCUACGAGCAGGAGGGGAAGGUGCAGUUCGUGAUCGACGCCGUGUACGCCAUGGCCCACGCCCUGCACCACAUGAACCGCGACCUGUGCGCCGACAGCGCCGGGCUGUGCCCCGAGAUGGAGCACGCGGGGGGCAAGAGGCUGCUCAAGUACAUCCGCAGCGUCAACUUCAACGGCAGUGCUGGCACUCCAGUGAUGUUCAACAAGAACGGGGACGCCCCGGGGCGCUACGACAUCUUCCAGUACCACAGCAGCAACACCAGCACGCCCGGCUACCGCCUGGUGGGCCAGUGGACAGACGACCUGCAGCUCAACGUCGAGGAGAUGCAGUGGGGAGGAGGGGUGCGUGCCGUGCCCCCCUCGGUGUGCAGCCAGCCGUGCCGGCCGGGCGAGAGGAAGAAGAUGGUGAAGGGGAUGCCGUGCUGCUGGCACUGCGAGCUGUGUGACGGCUACCAGUACCAGGCCGACGAGGUCACCUGCCUGCUGUGCUCCUACAACGAGCGGCCCAACGAGAACCGCACCGGCUGCCGCUCCAUCCCCAUCAUCAAGCUGGAGUGGCACUCGCCCUGGGCCGUCAUCCCCGUCUUCCUGGCCAUGCUGGGCAUCGUCGCCACCAUCUUCGUCAUGGCCACGUUCAUCCGCUACAACGACACGCCGAUCGUGCGGGCCUCGGGCCGCGAGCUCAGCUACGUGCUGCUGACCGGCAUCUUCCUGUGCUACAUCAUCACCUUCCUGAUGAUCGCCAAGCCCGACGUGGCCGUGUGCUCCUUCCGCAGGAUCUUCCUGGGGCUGGGCAUGUGCAUCAGCUACGCGGCCCUGCUGACCAAGACCAACCGCAUCUACCGCAUCUUCGAGCAGGGCAAGAAGUCGGUGACCGCGCCCCGGCUGAUCAGCCCCACCUCGCAGCUGGCCAUCACCUCCAGCCUCAUCUCCGUCCAGCUGCUGGGGGUCUUCAUUUGGUUUGCAGUUGACCCGCCCAACAUCAUCAUAGAUUAUGAUGAGCAGAAAACUAUGAACCCCGACCAGGCCAGAGGAGUUCUCAAGUGUGACAUUACGGAUCUACAGAUCAUUUGUUCCUUGGGUUAUAGCAUUCUGCUCAUGGUGACGUGCACUGUGUAUGCCAUCAAGACUCGGGGGGUCCCAGAGAAUUUUAAUGAAGCCAAACCCAUUGGAUUCACUAUGUACACUACCUGUAUAGUAUGGCUUGCCUUCAUUCCAAUAUUUUUUGGCACUGCCCAGUCAGCCGAAAAGCUCUACAUCCAAACCACCACGCUCACCAUCUCCAUGAACCUGAGCGCGUCGGUGGCGCUGGGGAUGCUCUACAUGCCCAAGGUUUACAUCAUCAUCUUCCACCCCGAGCUCAACGUGCAGAAGCGCAAGCGCAGCUUCAAGGCGGUGGUGACGGCGGCCACCAUGUCCUCGCGCCUGUCGCACAAGCCCAGCGACCGGCCCAACGGCGAGGCCAAGACCGAGCUCUGCGAGAGCGUGGACCCCAGCAACUCUAUACCACCAGUAAGAAAGAGUGUUCAAAAGUCUGUUACUUGGUACACUCUCCCACCUACUGUAUAGCUUUUGCCUGCUUUCCAAAAAGGCCCUGCUGCAAAAAAGAAGUACGUGAGCUACAACAACCUGGUGAUCUAGGCCCAGCUGCCGUGGGGCGCGGGCCACGAGCCCACCCGCCUCGCUGAGCUCCCCGCACGGGGCCCCGGGGCCCGGGCACGGGGGAGGCGAGAGGAGCCCGGCUCCAGGCCGCUCCCGGGAUCUCCUCCAUCGCUGCCGGCUCCGCACGGCGCUGGCCUGGCCGUGGCCUCGGGGCCGCCAUGGCCUUGGAGCCACCGUGGCCUUGGGGCCUCUCCAGCCUUGGGGCCUCUCCAGAUUUGGGACCACCGUGGCCUUGGGGUUGCCAUGACCUUGGGGCUGCCAUGGCCAUGGAGCCACCAUGGCCUUGGGCCUGCUCCGGCCUUGGGCCUGCUCCGGCCUUGGGGACGCCAUGGCCUUGGGGCUGCUCCGGCCUUGGGCCUGCUCCGGCCUUGGGGCCGCCGUGGCCUUGGGGCUGCUCUGGCCUUGGGGCCUCUCCAGCCUUGGGGCCACCAUGGCCUUGGGGCCACCAUGGCCUUGGGGCCGCCGUGGCCCUGGAGCUGCUCCGGCCUUGGGGCCGCCGUGGCCGCGCCUCAGGAGCGGCUCCCUGGGCCGGCUGCGCUCGGCUGCUCUGGACUCUAAGGGGCUAAUUCUGUCUUUCUAUGUACUUCCAGACUGCAAGUUUUUGAACUCUCUGUACAGUUUGUGAGGAUUUUUGCAUAUUGCCAUCCAUGUUGUUCCGAGGUCACUGUUUGUUUUUUGGAUGCACAGUUUCAUUGAGGCCCUGUGCUCUCGGCACCUCUCAAACCAACCGACAACUGAGGAUCUGAGACCUGUGUACAUGACUUGUAUUAUUAUUCUUGUAUCACUGCAAUCCAUAUACCUUAUUUUUUUUAACUAAACAAACAAACAAAAAAAGAAUUUAAAGACCAAAAACUGUGCUGGCGAAGUUUGUCCCCCCCCUUCACACCUCCGAUGGGCUGCAGAGGAAGCAGGAAAGAUUUUUGCUGAGUUUUAGUAGAGGUCUUGAUCUUUGGAAUGCAUGCCAGUAAUGUAUUUUAUGGUACAUGUUAAUAAUUUAUGUUUGAUAUUUGUAUUUGUGUUCUACUUUGUUCUUUUCUUUAAGGUAUAUGACUAUUUUGCAAUAAUUUCAAUGAUUCUUAGGAUAUUUGGAAGAAAGAAUAUGGCUUUUACAUGUCUUGAGGUUUUUCUUUGUUGAUGCCCCACCAUGAUUGACCAGUGUGAUAAGGACUUACAGAAGCAUGUAUGUUUUCUACUGUUUGUAAUAAGUAAUUUCGUUAAUCUUGCUGCUUAUGUGCCAAUUUAGUGAAACCAAUCUUUGCCGCAACCUCCUCCCUCCCUUUCCAUUCUCUCGAUCCUGUGAUAUUAUCCAAGAAUGUAUCAAUAAAGGAUUUUGGUUAACUUUU